CGUCAAUGAAAUUAGCGUCUUUGGGGGAGAAUCAAAAAUAAUUUGAAAGGCCGUUUAGUGGGCACACUCACACACGCACACACACUGUUAGUUGCCGACGCCUCGCCAACAGCAACAUGUAGCCUCCGCCACAUACAACCCUCUCCAUUGUCAUAGCCAUCAUGGCCAUCGUCAUCCUCCUCCAGGUCAGCCUGUUGUCUGCUGUCUUUUGUCAGCUCGGAACCUUUGCCUGCAGCCGCGCUUUUCUCUCUUUCUUUUUCUUUCUUUCCUUCGGUUCCUGCGGUCGCACCUCGUCCCCUUUCUUUGCCCCUCUAGCGCUCCUUCACUCCCACAUAACACGUAUUCCCCCCCUCUCUCCCUUCCUUCCUACCUUCUUUCGCCUUUCUUCCCCGCGCCCUGUCCUGCUCUUACACAGCUUCCUCCUCUCACACUCACACUCUCGCCGCAUUUUACGUCCCUUCUUCCGCAACGUCCAACAGCCCUUCUAUCCCUCUUUGCUCCAGUCUCGUUGGAUCCAUUGUUUCUCUCGCAAGCCCCUUUAUCCUUGUCUCCGCCAAAUAGUCCGCUUUGCACACAUACACAUAGCACCCGCUCCUUUUCGUCGUUCCGCCGCUCCCAACCAGUCUCUGCAGACCGGAAAUCAAGGCACAGAAAAGCAAGCGCGCAGAACUCGCUUAGGAUCUUCUUUCUUUGACUGUUCGGUGCAUCGCCUCUGUUGGGCAAGUUCAGUCCUGACUGUCACGGUAAGGGUCUUUGUCGUACACUUGCCUUUGUAUGUCGAGCGAAAAAAAAAAAAAAAAAAAAAAA